GAAGCGCAGAAUAUUUUGGCUCUACAACAAGUGCAAACACCACUAAAAGGUGGUGAUAACACGGAGCUUUCCACUAGCGUGGUAAACAUCGUUGGCGCAACGCCACAAGCUCGUCAUCUGCCCACUCCUAACAUUCUGCUGCCAAAUCAGCUUGCCGCCAACACGCCAUUCCGCACACCUCAGGUUGGAGUCACACCAGGUGGACCAAAUGAUGUGACAAAUCAGACGCCGCGUCGAGACUAUCUUAACAUCAACGAAACGGACAGCAUGGAAGGUCCACAGACUAUGAGCGCAAUCAGUCUGCAAAAGAAGCUUGCACGCUUGCCGCAACCAAAAAACAACUUCGAGAUCAGUAUGCCUGAUGAGGCGGAGCUUGAUGCAGCGGAGCAGGCAGAGCCCAGCGAUUCCACAGCAGAGGGUACUUCUGCUCACGUAGCGGAUCAGGCGGAAGUCGAUCGGGAGGCGGCAGAGGCACGCAAAGCUGCCGCUGACGCCGCAUGGGCAAAGCGUAGUCAGGCACUGCGACGCGGUCUCCCGCGCCCCACUGCCGUUAAUAACGCGGUGCUCAGACCACCUCCCACUCCAGCGGAGGAGGUGUCUCUCACAGAUCUACAGAAGCAGCUUUUUUUUGGUUUUGAAACUAUGCGUCCUGCAUAA